AUGGACGGAGCAAGCGCAUACAGCGUCAGUACUGGCGUCAGCAUGGAGCCGCUGACCAUGGAGGAGCUUGAUCGCGAGGUCAGUACUAGCUUCUUCUAGCAGUCCAGCGCGUUUGGGUCUCGAGCCUUUGGGCAGGCAAUCUUUCUGACUACCGCUGAGCUCUGACAGAUCGCGCGUCUGGAGCAAGCUGCGCGCCGUUGCGCUUUCUCGAUCUUCACGAUGCAGCCUCAAACUUACGACAAGAAGCAGGACUACCUUGCUCAUUUGCGUUGGCGCAUUCCUGUGAGUAAUUCCCUCAUUUCUCUGUCCAUUCCUUACUCGGUCGAGCUCCUUGUCACGAUGGUGCGCUGACAUCUUGUCUGGCAAUCUCUGUGCAGAAUCACAUUCAGCGCGAGACUCCAGAGGUCACACCAGCUGCUUUGAUCCAUUCUGAGGACCUAUUGUCAAGCAACUUCUCAGCUCCUGGGAGGAUCACCUUAGGAUCGGCCGUUGGCAGUAGUUGGGGAGUGCACUUGACCUCCCCUUCUCCAAAGGAUCCUCAGCCACGCACCCAGAGGGAGCCAAAAUACCGUCAAGAGAGGCUUUUCCGCCAACGUCAAUGGUCGCAGUUAGACACAAGGUGA